AAAUGAAAGUAACUUCCGUUGGUUCUAUCUGAUCUGAUCUAGCCGCAGACUCUCCAACAUUUCUUAUUAGGUAUCAAUAUAUAUAAAUAAAAUCCACAAAAAUAUCUGCGCAGGGUCACGGAUACGGAUUUGGAUACGGAAACGGAUGCAGAUGUGAUUGAUGCUCCUUCAUGUUCAUGCCCACGAUAGAUGGUGAAAGCCUUCUUGACAACGAAACAAAACUGUUUUUUUCUGCCCUAACCCCUCAAUUCUCUCCGCCUUCGCAUCUAACCCACCCAACCCCCACUCACCCCCCUUUCCUCACCAGAAUUUCAAUUUCAAUUUCAAUUUUGCAGAUAGAUUAAUACCCCCAAAUCGCUCAACCUCUUCAAUCAAUCCGUAUAUAUACAUAUAUGUAUGUAUGUAUAUAGGCGAGUGUAAGUGUUCGAAUUCUCGAGCAUUGGAAACCUAUUAAUUCGGAAUUAAUUUUGUUGUUCUUCGAUUUUUGAAAUUGAUUCCAUCCCAAUUCUAUAUACGCCCUCUUCCUAUCCAAGCCUUUGAUUUCUCUGCAUACACUGGAAUUGAAUUGAGCCUGAGAAAUUCGGGAUUGGAAUCGACACGCCCAAAAUUAAUUGUUUUUGUUCUUGCGCACCACCUGUUUGUUGAUUUACCUGAUGGGUAGAUGAGUGUCCGAUGGUUUGUUGAUUUAUGAGACAGGACUUCGAUUCUGUUCCCGCACGCAGGGCACUGUUGUGAGUUAAAAAUAGCAGCAACUGAAUUGGAGACUUAGCUAUGUUAGCUUUGAACAGAAACUGUAUCUGUUUGAUCAAUUGUUUCUUCCAUUUUUCCGAAUGGCAUCCCCUGGAAUAGUGUGUUCGAUUGGUAGUUCAAAGCCCACUUUGGCAAUUCCUUCGAACAAAGGAACAAGGUUUGCCUGAUGCGUGGCUUUGCUUUUUGAUCGUUUGCUUUAGGUUUUAUGUUCAAGCUUGUUAGUUUUGUCGUGUAGCUUAUUGACAGUUGAAGAAGUGUUUUGAUUGAGAAAGUGAAGAAAUGGGCUGUUGUGAAUGUUUUGGUUUCUUGUUUACGAGGAAGCUGAAGAAGGCACCGACUGUUGGUAGGGGCAUGUGCACAAGUGCUUCUCAGGAGUGUUUGUUGGAUGAUGAAGACGACGAGGAUAUGGAAGAAGGAGAUGAGGACGAUAGGUUUUCUAAUGGUGAUAUGACAAGUACUGGAAAUGGUGAAGAGUCUGAUUUUCACACCUCAUCGAAAAAAUCUGAGGAGAUUCUAAUGCAUCGAAUAGACCAAGGAUUGAUAUGCAGGGAAUUUCUUGUUAAGGAAACGAGUACUCUUGUACGCUCCGAGGACGAAUAUGGAAAUAAAACUGUUAAUGAAUAUGUCCGUGAACGAAAGGUUGGUGCAGGCAGCUAUGGAAAAGUGGUUCUCUAUCGAAGUCGCAUUGAUGGAAAACAUUAUGCAAUAAAAGCGUUUCACAAGUCUCAUUUGUUGAAGUUACGGGUGGCUCCUUCGGAAACUGCAAUGACUGAUGUUUUGCGUGAGGUUUUAAUCAUGAAAGUGUUGAGCCAUCCCAAUAUAGUCAACCUAAUCGAGGUUAUUGAUGACCCCUCUACCGAUCACUUCUAUAUGGUUCUUGAAUAUGUCGAAGACAAGUGGGUUUGUGAUGGCGCCGGUCCUCCAGGCGGUCUAGGAGAAAAUACUGCCCGGAAGUAUUUACGGGAUGUCGUCGCUGGUUUGAUGUAUCUUCACGCCCAUAAUAUAGUGCACGGAGAUAUUAAACCCGACAAUUUAUUAGUUACUGGUUCCGGCACAGUCAAGAUUGCUGAUUUCAGUGUCAGUCAAGUUUUCGAGGAUGAUAAUGACGUGCUACGCCGUUCUCCCGGCACUCCCGUGUUUACUGCACCCGAAUGCUGUUCAGGCAUAACAUACCGCGGAAAAGCUGCUGACACUUGGGCAGUUGGAGUCACGCUGUACUGUUUGGUUCUAGGAACGUACCCCUUCCUCGGAGAGACGUUACAGGAUACCUAUGACAAGAUAGUCAACAACUCAUUGUUGCUCCCAGAUGAGAUGAACCCUCUCUUGAAGGAUCUGCUCGAGGGCCUCCUCUGCAAAGAUCCACUGCAACGAAUGACACUGGACAAUGUUUCCGAGCAUGCCUGGGUCGUCGGUGAAGAAGGGCCGAUCCCUCAGUACUCGUGCUGGUGCAAGCGCAACUGGCAACCGAUAGUUCUGAACGCUGAGGCGUACUCUGAUUAGGUAUCUCGAUUUUCAUAUUCGCGGUCGUUUGUGCAUUGUUCUGAUUAGAAAAUGAAGCCGUUACUCGAGGGCGAGGUUAUUUGGUUUUUCAGGAUGUCAGGCACACAUAGAUCUCAUAGACUUUGCUUUGAUAUUUUUCGAGUUUUUGUUUUUGUUUUUUUUGUUUUAGCCACUCGAAGUUUAGAUUGGAGUAGAUUUUCGUUCACGAUAUCGACAAUCUUAACCUUGUCCCGGAGUGAAAAUUUAUACAAUGUUCUCAUGUUGUUGUGGAUUA